CGAAUUGCUACUCAAUUAUUUAUUCCAAGCAUUUCAUUAAUUACAAAUCAUGUUCUUUAUAUUGUGGUAAACAUGGUCGAUGUGUACAAUAUAUAAAUAAAAAUUCGUCAUAUUUUUGUCAAUGUAAUCAAGGAUAUUCGGGUUUACAAUGUAAUAUUAAAUAUAAUUGUUCAUGUUCAUCUGAUUCAUUUUGUCUUACAUCAUCUAUUUGUAUUUGUCCAUUGAAUAAAUUUGGUUCAAAAUGUUAUUUAAAACAUUCAAUUUGUAAAAAAUCAAAUAAUCCUUGUCAAAAUAAUGGACUUUGUAUACCUAUUGAUGAUCGUAAAGGUUUAAAUCAAUUUACAUGUUUAUGUAAUGAACAUUUUUAUGGAACACGAUGUGAAAAUAUGAAAAAUCGAAUUGAUAUUGAAUUUGAUGAUAAUAAAAUUAGUAUGAUGUCAUUUGUAUUUAUACAUUUUAUUACUGCUAUUGAAAAUGAUAAUCAUCAACAUACGACAAUUUUAAAAAAGAUUAUUUUUGAUCAAAAUAUAAUUACAGUUUUUAUAACACAUUCAUUUCAUGUUGUCUUUAUUGAAUUAACAAAUCAAACUUACUAUUUAGGUGUAUUAAGAGAAAAAUUUAUCGAAUCCGAACAUAUUCAAACAAGAAUAUUGUCAAAUUAUCAAUGUUUGUCUAUACAUGAAUUAAUGAAUAAUACUUUUCUAAAUUAUUCAUUUAUUCAUCGUGUUAAAUAUUAUCCUUAUUUGUGUCAACAACAAAAACAACUUAAAUGCUUUUAUGAUAAUAGAUACAUGUGUAUAUGUGAUAUUAAUCGUUUUUCUAAUUGUUUUACAUUUAAUCAUACUUUAUCAUAUGAUUGUCAUGGAGAAAAUAUUUGUGAAAAUGGUGGUCUAUGUUUUCAAGACAAUAUUAAAUGUCCUAUUCUCUCAAUAUGCGCAUGCCCUGAAUGUUAUUAUGGUACAAAAUGUCAAUUUUCUACAAGAGGUUUUGUAUUAUCUCUUGAUUAUAUUCUUGGUUAUCAUAUUAAACCAAAUGUUUUAUUUCAUCGACAACCAUUCGUAAUUAAAAUUAGUCUCAUUAUUAUAGUAUUUAUGUUCAUUCUUGGAAUGAUUAAUGGAAUUUUAUCUAUAGCAAUAUUCUGUAAAGAAAAUAUUAGACAAACUGGUUGUAGUUUAUAUCUUUUGGCAUCAUCGUGUAAUUCUUUACUUCUAAUUAUUGUAUUAGUAAUCAAAUUUAGUCAAUUAAUUUUAUCACAAACUGCUGUUCUUACUAAUCGAACAUUUCUUACAUUGAAUUGUAUAUUAUUAGAUAUGAUUCUCAAAGUUCUUGUUGCAUCAAAUGAUUGGUUUUAUGGAUGUGUUACUCUUGAACGAGUACUUACUGUUAUUAAUGGUAUCAAAUUCAACCAAGUUAAAAGUAAACAAACAGCUAAAUGGAUAAUUUUAUGUGUAUUUCUGACAAUUAUCAGUCAUAUUCAUGAUCCAAUUCAUCGUCAGUUAAUUAAUGAUUCUGAUGGUGAUGAACAACGAUUAUGGUGUUUAGU